AUGGGUUCAAGAAAUCUGCAAUAUGAGGAAAAUCUAAAACCAUAUUGGAUCCCAGAUGGUUUUCGCGCAGUUCUGAUGCCAAAACAAGAUUUUCACAUAGCUCAUCAACAUCAUCAACAACAAGAGAGCGUAUCAAAUUGA